GUUUGGCGCAAUCUUCUCCGUCUCCGACCGGGGGGAGAUCGACUGUACGAUGGCAAAGCAGAAAGCGAAGAAGGAUGUCAGUGCCAGGGGGCCACCGCAUAUACGCGCUCGUCUGGAAUAUCUCCGAAAGGCGGCUGUAUACAUCCAAUCUGCGUCGACAUCGAGGUUGAGACCAGAUCAGAAUGAUAAUACGGAUGAGCAAAUGACCGAUGGUGUACACACUGAGCCGGAGAUAGUCGAGUCAUCAGAGACACGGGAUGGACACCAAGAAUCCGACCAGCCGACACAUAACCAGAAUCGUACAUUAUGCAUCCCCCGCCAGUUCAUAUCGCAGAUGCGAGGUGUCUCUUUAAAGUCACAGAUGCGAUUGCCUAUCGAGGUCAAGCGGUCUUUCUGCAAACGGUGUGACAUUAUCCUAGUUCCAGGAUUCAACUGCGUGGAGAGAAUCGAGAAUGCAAGUCGCGGUAGAAAGAAACCGUGGGCCGAUGUACGGGUCGUCCGUUGCACUGCCUGUGGGACAGAGAAGCGCUUCCCUCAGACGGACAGACGCAGCAAAAAGCUCUCGGAACGCAAGUCAGAGGCUGCUGCGAAGAAUACAUCGUCAGCGCCAUCGUGAUCUGUAGCUCUCCAACCAGAUGGUUGAUUUGUCCCAGGUUACAACCCGCUUUGAGAGUCGUCAAAGGAAUGGCUUUCUUCAUGUUGACUUCCCGAUCCGUUCAAUAGCAAGACGGUUGUUGGAAGUUCUGAGACGGGCAUACAGCAAAGGGCUGAUCAUAUCAUCGCAUGUGCGGUUUGCGCAAUGAUGGCUGCAGCACUGUC